AUGUUCUAUACACUCUCUCUUUUGGCGCUUUGCGCUACCACGGCAACUGCAUCUUAUGGAAGCAAUUUGAACUACCGCAGUCCUUCGCUUCAUCAUCCCUCCCUCGGUAUUUCUGUACCCAAGGUCCUGAAGAGAACCGACCCGGCUAUUGAGUUCGCACCCGAAAAAUUGAACUUCACUCACGGUGUAGCGUCUGGAGACCCCUAUGCCACCUCCGUCAUCCUAUGGACGAGAUGUUCUCCACAAUUUGACGAUGUCAACGAUAACAGCACCGUAUCUGGUGAUGUGCCACUUUACAACCCUGUUCCAGUUCACAAAGACACAGAUGAACAUAAACCCGUCUCCAAGGCUCCUAUUUGCUUAGAAUUUAAGGUUUCCACGGAUGAGAAGUUCAAGAAGGUCAUUGAGAAGGGCACUGUCUAUACCAGUUCUGAUGUCGAUUAUACUGUCAAGGUUGAAGCCACGAAACUAAAGCCGUUCACCGAAUACUACUACCAAUUCAAUGUCUGUGACUCUGACAAGAAGAGUCCAAUUGGACGCACCAAGACUGCGCCAGCUGAGGAUGACCUGGUGGAGGAUAUCUCCCUCGCCGUCUACUCUUGUAGCAACUACCGUAAGUUUGACCACCAUUACUGUAAAGAUUUCAAAUAUUUAACUAUUUCAAUAGCCUUUGGCUUCUUCAACGCCUACGGAAAUCCAGUGCGAAAGGAUUCCGUUGACUACGUGCUUCAUCUUGGUGGCUCUGGAAAAGACAUUGGACGAGUUCCAUUGCCUGACCGUGAUAUCUUCACUCUAUAUGAUUACCGCAAGCGUCAUGCCACCUACAGAACUGAUCUUGACUUGCUUGCCAGUCACCAACGCUUCCCUUGGAUUCCAGUUUGGGAUGACCAUGAGGUCGCCGAUAACACCUACCGUGAUGGGUCAUCUAAGCUUAACAACACUGAGGAGUCCUUCGUUGCAGACGGUGGAAUCAGUACUGACCAGAGAAAGAUGAACGCUGUUCGCGCUUAUUUUGAAUGGAUGCCUAUCAGACAAGUGGAAAUGGAUGACAACCUCCGUAUUUGGCGCAACUUCCAGCUCGGCUCCCUUGUUGAUGUUAUCAUGCUUGACACCCGUGUGUAUGAUCGAUCUAUUACCGACCUAACGUGGAAUAAGGGCUACGUUAGCCAACUUCGCGGUGAUGCUAGCCGCAGUUUGAUGGGCUCUCGUCAGGAAAAUUGGUUCUACCGCAACCUCAUCGAGUCUGCCGAGCGAGGUGCUAAGUGGCGUGUCAUCGGCAGCCAGGUCGUGUUCUCCCACAUUAACGAGUCUGCUGCCUUUGGUGCUGCCCGUAACCUCAACAAUGAUGCCUGGAGCGGUUAUCAAGCAAAUAGAAACCGCACGUUCAAGACCCUCUACGAUCACAAAAUUCCAAACAACAUCAUGAUUGCAGGCGACAGCCAUGCCAACUGGGUCAGUGAUCUUGUCUGGCUUGAUGAGGUCCCAUAUGAUCCAAAGACCGGCGAGGGUGCCAUUGGUGUCGAGUUUGCCGGGUCUGCCAUCUCUUCACCAUCUCCUGCUGGCAGUAAAAUAAACCUUAAGAACUCGAUUGAGAAGUCCAAGCUACUCGCAACCACCAACAAGGUCCUGCAGUGGUCCGAACUGUACUACCGUGGCUACUUCGAGCUGCACUUCAACCAGAAGGAAGUCCAGGCUCGGUUCUUUGGAACUCCCCAUAUCCGUGACCGAAACCCAGAUGAGAUCUCUCUGGCCAACUUCACUGUCAAGGCGGGAGCCAACCGCCUUGACCGCGGCAACGUAGGUGUUCCUGGCGGUGGCGUGGUAGAGAACGGAUGGCUCAAGGGUGGAAAAGUUGUUCAGACCAACUUGACCAACAACACCGAGAGCGGAAUGUGGCACAUCAACAAGUAA